AUGUCGCUAUUCUUCUUCCGGUUGCACAAUCUCCAGCGCGAGGAGGCCAACAAGAAGCGCAAAAAGCAGCAGCAGCAACACCAGCAGCAGCAGCAACGGCAGCGGCAACGGCGCGGUGCCAAAGUCUUCCGCGGUGCGUCCUGCAAUUCCGGCAUCAGCCACCUGACGCUCGGACCGUCGCGGCUCUUCGAGAAGACGCCCAUGAGCCCGUCCGACAGUCUCGACGAGAUCGCGCUGCAGAUCCCAAGAGUACGGGUAGAAUAUUAUGUAAAUGAAAACACAUUCAAAGAAAGACUGCAACUGUAUUUUAUAAAGAAUCAAAGAUCAAGUUUAAGGAUACGUAUCGCUAAUUUAUUCUUUAAGUUAUUGACCUGCAUCCUGUACAUAUUUCGGGUAGUUACGGAUCUGAAUCCAACGUUCGCGACCUGCUACGGUUGCAAGGUGGGCAACAAGACGGAGUUCCUGUUGUCGGCAACACGCACCGAGGAAGCGUUCCAGGAGGAUCCCAUCAUCAACUGGGACGCGAUCCUUUGGGUAAGCCGACCAACCGAACUGUGGGCCGUACAGCUCGUGCUGGCGCUGAUCUCCCUCACGGAGGCGCUUCUGAUGGCAUACCUCGGGUACAAGGGCAACAUCUGGCAGCAGAUUUUAUCGUUUCACUUUAUCCUGGAGCUCGUUACAACGAUACCGUUCGCGGUGACGAUCUUAUGGCCCCCGUUCAGGAACCUGUUCAUUCCAGUGUUUCUCAACUGCUGGCUAGCGAAGCGAUCGCUCGAGAACAUGUUUAAUGACCUCCACCGAGCGAUGCAAAAGUCACAAUCAGCGCUGUCGCAACAGCUGACAAUCCUGUCCGCGACGCUACUCUGUCUGGUGUUCACGAGCGUGUGCGGCAUACAACACUUCCAGCGGGCCGGUCACCGACACCUCAACCUGUUCCAGAGCACCUACUACGUGGUGGUGACGUUCUCGACCGUCGGUUACGGUGACUUUGUGCCGGACAUUUGGCCCUCCCAGCUGUUCAUGGUGAUCAUGAUCUGCGUGGCGCUGAUCGUGCUUCCGACGCAGUUCGAGCAGCUGGCGUUCACGUGGAUGGAGCGGCAGAAGCUGGGCGGAAGCUACUCAUCCCACCGGGCCCAAAGCGAAAAGCACGUCGUCGUCUGUUCGACCACGCUGCACGCCGACACCAUCAUGGACUUCCUGAACGAGUUCUACGCCCAUCCGCUGCUGCAGGACUACUACGUCGUGCUGCUCAGCCCGAUGGAGCUCGACACGACGAUGCGUAUGAUCCUGCAGGUGCCGAUCUGGGCCCAGCGCGUCAUCUACAUCCAGGGUUCCUGUCUUAAAGAUGGCGACCUGGCGAGGGCCCGCAUGGCCGAGGCGGAAGCGUGCUUUAUCCUGGCGGCGCGCAGCUACGCCGACAAGACGGCCGCCGAUGAGCACGCGAUCCUGCGCUCGUGGGCGGUGAAGGAUUUCGCACCCAACAUCCCGCAGUAUGUGCAAAUUUUCCGGCCCGAGAAUAAGCUGCACGUCAAGUUCGCGGAGCACGUUGUGUGUGAGGAUGAGUUUAAAUAUGCGCUGCUCGCGAACAACUGCACCUGCCCGGGGGCGAGUACGCUCGUUACGUUGCUGCUGCAUACGUCGCGAGGACAGGAGGGCCAACAAUCAGCGGAGGAGUGGCACCGGCUGUACGGGAAGUGCUCCGGCAACGAGAUCUACCACAUCGUGCUCGGGGACAGCCGGUUCUUUGGCGAGUACGAAGGGAAAAGUUUCACCUACGCCAGCUUUCAUUCGCAUCGCAAGUACGGAGUGGCCUUAGUUGGUGUGCGGCCCGCGGAGCUGCCCGAGUUCUACGAGGACACGAUACUGCUCAAUCCGGGACCGCGCCACAUCAUGAAGAAGGACGACACCUGCUACUACAUGAGCAUCACCAAGGAGGAGAACUCGGCGUUCGUGGUAAACCAGAACCAAAAUCAAAGCCCCGACCAACCGCCGAAGGAAGUAACCGCGAACAACAACAACAACAACAACAACAGUAGCAACAACAACAACCACCACAGCAUCAGCAACACCAUCGGCGGCGGAGGGUGCGGCACCAUGCCCCCCAUGGCCCCAGUGCCUUCGGUCUGUGUGCGCGUGCCGCAUAGCCCCAGUCUCAAUUCGGUCAACUCCGACAGUCCCGGCUCACCGCGGGCCAAUACCAAGCUGGACGGGCACGACUUCACGACACUGGCCGUGCCGACGACGUACGCGGAAAGCGUCACGACUGGCGGAAGCAUCCCAGCGGCGGGUGCCACGGCCCUCACAAGCGCCAUCACCAUAUCGGACUCCAAACCCAACCUCAAGGAAAGCGUGGCGGGUUCAUUCGUGCCCACUGGGCUGACCACCACCACGACCACCUCGACGAUGCAGGCAACACUCGGACCUCCGACCAUCUCAUCCGCGAACCACCUCGAGAUCCCGAGCGGGAACAAUCCAAACCUGCUCAGCCCGGACAUUCUCAACCAACGUCGGGGAAGCCGCCGGCCAUCGAUUCUCCCCGUACCGGACAUGUUCACCUCGUCAUCAUUCAGCAUCUCCGGCGAGGACGGCAUCGACGGUGAGGACAACGAAAGCGAUGACGAGAUCGACGAUGACGUGCCGUGGCGGUCGCCAUCGGAAAAGAUUGCUGGCGGAAGUGCCGAUCUUUCGCUCCUGCAAACGGUUUCGCUCGUUCUGAGCUCAUCCGGCGAAUCGAAAUGUUGUAGUUCGACAUCCGAUACCAAAGAUUCAACUCACACACCCCCUGCAUGGCAUACUGACUGUUCCCGGAUCGUCAAAGGUUUCCCGCCCGUGUCACCGUUCAUCGGAGUCAGCCCAACGCUGUGCUUCUUGCUGAAGGAAAAGAAACCUCUGUGCUGUCUGCAACUUGCUCAGGUCUGCGAACACUGCAGCUACCGGAACGCGAAGGAGUACCAGUGGCAGAACAAAACCAUCAUCCUGGCCGCCGAUUACGCCUCGAAUGGUAUCUACAACUUUAUCAUACCGCUGCGGGCGCACUUCCGCUCGAAGACGUCGCUCAAUCCGAUCAUCCUGCUGCUGGAAAGGAGACCCGACAUCGCCUUUCUGGACGCCAUCUCAUACUUCCCGCUGGUGUACUGGAUGCUGGGAUCGAUCGAUUGCCUCGAUGAUCUGCUGCGGGCCGGCAUCACUCUCGCGGAGAACGUGGUCGUCGUGAACAAGGAGCUAUCGAAUUCGGCCGAGGAAGACACACUGGCAGAUUGCAACACGAUCGUUGCGGUACAGACCAUGUUCAAGUUCUUUCCCAGCAUUCGCAGCAUCACCGAGCUGUCGCAGAGUUCGAACAUGCGGUUCAUGCAGUUCCGGGCGCACGACAAGUACGCGCUGCACCUCAGCAAAAUGGAGAAGCGUGAGAAGGAGCGCGGCUCACACAUAUCAUACAUGUUCCGGUUGCCGUUUGCCGCCGGCAACGUGUUCAGCGCCUCGAUGUUGGACACGCUGCUCUACCAGGCGUUCGUGAAAGAUUACGUGAUUACGUUCGUGCGGCUGCUACUCGGCAUCGAUCAGGCUCCGGGCAGUGGGUUUCUAACCUCGAUGAAGAUCACCAAGGACGAUAUGUGGAUCCGUACGUACGGGCGCCUGUACCAGAAGCUCUGUUCUACGACCUGCGAAAUUCCUAUCGGUAUCUAUCGAACGCAGGACACUUCCAGUGCGGAUGCAUCACAUGUGAGUAACUCGCCUGUUGCCGAAAAAUGGCGUCCGUUUGGAUCUUUCGGGACCUUUAAACAUUGUGUGCGGUUGCGACCAUCGCGAGGACUUUGCCAUGCAAGCAACGCCACGAACCUAUCGAAAUAUGAGGAGGAAGUGGUUACGACCACCGCCACCGCUAGCAGCACCUCGGCCACCGGCGUACCGAUCAAGGGCGUGGCGGAAGCGAACCUGCGGGGUGUAACCUACCGCCCACCGCCGGCCACGAUCCGCAAGUCAUCAUCCUGUCUGGGCGGGUGCACCGCCCGUAAAGGAUCGAGCUACUCGAUCAAUAUGGCCGACGAGGCGCGGGAUAACCACGUGCAGCAGAUCGAACGGGCCGAGAUCGCGAACCUGGUGCGCAGCCGGAUGGAAUCACUAAACCUUCCGAGCAUCGACUACGAUGACGUGAGCGAAAAGCGCAACCAUCUCUCGUACGUCAUCAUCAACCCGUCGUGCGAUCUCAAGCUCGAGGAGGGCGACAUCAUCUACCUGGUGCGCCCGUCCCCAUUCUCGGCCCAGAAAACGUUCGAACGGCACAACUCGCGCCGCAAGUCCAACAUAUCAUUCUGCUCGAACAUCAACCUGGCGGCGGCGGCGGCCGGCUCGCGGCGUGGUUCCGGCAUCGGGCUGAACACCAUCGGUGGACCACAGCCGAUGUCAGGUUACGUAACGCCCCGGGCGCCUCCGCUGGUCACAACAAAAUCGAAUUCUCUAUCUCUUCCAGAUAGUCCUAAUGCAAUGGGACAGAUGCGGGGAAGGAGCAACUCCUUGAGGAUUGACAGUGACAUACUGCUGCGACGGUCGAACUCACUGCGACAGGGACUACCGAACAUCGGGGCAUCGGGCCGGCGGAAGUCAUCGCUCGAGGAAAUCGGAAUCAGCCACUUCGCCACGCUGAUGCAGGCGGCGAAUCAUUCGAACCCGAUCAAAAUCGCGCUCAACGGCAGCAUCGGACUGGAGGUUACGCCACCGGAAGAACCACUGCCCAUCAUCGGUGUGCCGUGUUUGAGUGGGGGUAUCAACCCGUCGACGCUUGGAUCGGGGCUGGGUGGAUCGACACUCGGUGGCUCGACGCUGGGAGGUUCCUCGCUGGGGCUAAGUACCGCCAUCGAGUCGAACAACAGCGCGUCAACGCCCAACAUUCAGAUGCAGAACGAGUCCUCCCAGCAGCCGCAUCACCUGCACGGCACGAUAGUAUGA